UGUUGUGGCACCACUAGUUUCAGGGAAAUCCAAGAAAGGUGGAGACUUCGGGAUAACUUCCUGCACUGUACACGUAAAGCAGAAAAAAAAGAAGGACCCUAGCUCGGAAACAACCGCCAAGUCUUCGUGAAGGGCAAAACCGAAUGGAUUUAUUUCGCGAAUAAUCACAAGAGCAAUAACAACGCCAAUUAAGAAAAAAGGGGACGCACGUCGGCGCACAUCUGAGCCAGACGGAUACAUAAAUAAUACACACCGCUAGCAUCCAGGCUGCUAGCUAACGUCGGCUUAAAGGACGUGAAGACGCUCGUGCAUCAAAGGGCAGUAUGGUUGAAGUGGUCGUGGAGUUUGACUAUGAAGCAGCACACGAAGAUGAACUGACCCUUCGACUUGGGGAUGUAAUCAAGAAUGUGCGCCGAAUAGAGGAGGAUGGAUGGAUGGAAGGCGACCUAAACGGACGGAGAGGCCUUUUCCCCGACAACUUUGUCAAGGAGUUGAGAAAAGAAUCAAAAGAGGAAACAAAGGAAGUGAAAGAGGUGAAGGAAGUGAAGGAGAUGAAGGAGGAUGCACAGCGAAGGUCGUCAGGAAAUGUGGCCAGUCUGGUGCAGAGAAUCAGCACUUAUGGCAUUCCAGCAGGAGGCCUGGGCUUCCAGCCUCGAACGUCCAAAAAGAAACCAAAAAAACGUCAGUGCAAAGUUCUGUUUGAGUAUGUGCCGCAGAAUGAGGACGAGUUGGAGCUGAAGGUGGGCGAUAUCAUCGAAAUAUCAGAAGAGGUGGAAGAAGGCUGGUGGAGUGGGAUCAUGAAUGGGAAGAGUGGCCUGUUCCCCUCCAACUUCGUCAAAGAAAUCGAAACUAAUGAGGACGGCGAGAGCAACGAUGUACCCGAGGAGCCAGAGGGUAAAGAUGAGGUCAGCAGUCCAAUUUCCCCUGGAAACGGGGUCAUCGCACAUCCUAAAAAGAUCAAAGGUGUUGGCUUUGGCAACAUUUUCCGUGAAGGCUCAGUGAAGCUCAAACCUCGCUUGUCUGACUCGGAGGAAAAGAAAGAAAGACCUGUCCCGUCAUUACCAUCAGCCCCCAAGCCCAGUCCCAUAAACACAGCCGAUGCUCACAAAAUGGAGAAAGAUGGAGACAGCAAAGGUAAAUUAAAGGAAUACUGUAAGGCCACUUAUAAUUAUGAAGCUACGAACCAGGAUGAGCUAGACCUCAAGGAAGGUGACAUUGUUCAUUUAUUAAGCAAGGAUACAGGCGAGCCAGGCUGGUGGAGAGGAGAGCUGAAUGGCAGAGCGGGAGUGUUUCCUGACAACUUUGUGGUGCUGAUACCAGACUCAGAAAAAGAGACACUUCUUUCCAAAGGCUCAAUUAAACAGACUAAACCAGAACCAGAAGAGAAGCCAAGGAAGCCGCCACCACCAUCCAAAUCUGCAGCACUGAAGCCAGAGGUCCCGAGUACCGACAAAAAACCCGCACAGUUACGACCUGAAGAUAAAGUUGACAGGGCUCUGGUAGACAAACCUGCCAAGCCAGCUCCCAUUGUGCCCCCUAAAAAGCCUGUUCCUCCUCCGGGAAAAGGACUGCUGCGUCCAGUGGCACUGCAGCCUAAACGACCUGAAAAACCUCUUGCUCCAUCUCCAGUAGCUAAGCAUAAUGGGGAGGUGCCACACACACGACCAAAGUCAGACUUUGAGCCAUCAUUACCCAGCAAACCAAAAACACUGUCUGGGGACUGGGCAGAGAAAACCACCAACUUGGAUCUCAUGAGUUUUGAUGAUGUGUCCGCUACCUCUGAGAAGUUGUCUCACCCGACUGCAAACAGACCAAAGAUGCCUGGCAGGCGACUCCCGGCCCAGUUCAGUGGAAACCAGUCUCCAAACAAAGAAGUCAAUGAGAAAGCUCCAAAAACAGAAGAAGAGGAAACUCCAAGACCAAAGCCAUCUGAGAAGCUUUCUCACGUAACUCCAUCCAGUGUGCAUAAGGCGGCGAGUUUUUCCACUCCUGAGCCCAAAGCGAAGACCGAGGUGGACGAAGGGAAAGGCAAAGAAAUGGAUGAGCUCAGGACUCAGAUAAAGGAGCUGCUGCUCUCUGUAGAGUUACUGAAGACACAGCAAACGAGAGAGCUUGCUGACUUAAGAAGUGAGCUGGAUGAAGAGCGGUUGAAACGUGUGGCUCUGCAGAUGGAGAUAGAGAAAUUAAAAAAGCAGGUACAAUCAACAUAAGGUGGGACUCGUGUGCUGCUACAACAAAGCCGUCACGACUCAGUGCUAGUCCAGGAGCGGCAGAUAUCAUUCCCUUAAUUCUUGAGUCACUGACCUACUCCAGAAAUUGUAAGAUUUACAUUUGCACAUAAUGAGCAUUUUUUAUGGUAUAGAGCGGUGUAAUUAAGACUGAUGUAUAUGGUUUUUCUCGCUGUCUUUUUCUCUUUUUAUUUGCCAACAACAAUUGAGGCCUUACUAUGUACUACUGUGCUGGAUAUGCAGGCUCCACAUUCACAUGGGCCACUUUGCAAUUUAAUACUACUGAAGCUGUAUAAAGUCAUGAAUGGGAUUCUUUUGUUUUCUUAUUUUUAUGUCACGGGGUAUUUUUUUUCUUUUUCCCAAGCUAGUAUGAUUGCAGCAAUAAUCUUUCGAUAUUAUCCUCUUCAGAUUACUCUGGAUUAUUAUAUAACCUCUCGGCUGCUGUAGUCACCAUGUAUUCUGUCGCUUUGUCAGGAGGGAGCUUUCCUUUAAUUCUUUCCUAACAUUUUCAUCCAGGGUGAUACUAUUGUGCCUGUUUUACAAGUGUUAAUAUUGGAAUCUCGUUUAUUGCUUAGCUUUGCAGCAAGAUAUAUUUUUACCAGCCAGUGCAAAGAUUGGGAAUAUACGUACACGCGUAUACACAGGUAGGGAAAGAAAGAAAGAAAGAAAAAACAGAGGUAGGGAAAAAAAUCUACAUUUCUAUGUUUCUAAAUCCCCGAACACUGUGGAUGGCCUAUCAAUAAAAUGUCUUAGCAACCACCUCUCACAUCUUAGGUUAAAUCAACAGGAUUUACAUAUUGGAUAUAUUUAUGUAAUGAAUCAUAUAUUUGUCUUAAUAGCAUUCAAGAGAUUGAACGUUAUUCUUUGUUUGAGUACACUAGAAGUGUACCCUCUGUUCAGGCUUCUGUACUCCUGUCAGAAAGGGUUGUAAGUAUUCUGCAUCAGGGAGAGUGUGUGUUGUGUGUGUGUGUGUGUGUGUGUGUGCGUGAGUGUGUCUCAUUUUAAUCCCUAUAGCAAUAAAUAAACAUCUAUACAGUGUCCAGUUAAAUGACAUCACUAUUUUGCUGUUCAGUUAAUGUUUCUCCGACUUCAGUUCUGUUGAGUGUAAUUGGCUUUAACAUUCCAUUUUUAUUUAAAAAUGUGGGGAAAACUGUCAUGCAUUCAGCACAUGUCUCCAAGUGAACCUGUUUACAUGAUUUUUGUAACUGAAUUGCAUGAACUGAGAUUUUUUUUCUCCAAGCUAAAUAAAUGUCUUUAUGUAUAGAAGUCA